AUGCGGGUGAUGAGUGCGCGGAUACGGGGCAGGUUCAAGCCGGCCUUCAAGGCGGAGUCGCUGUGUGCGCCCACGCAGUGUGAGGCGAGUGCUUGGAGCGAUGCCGGGUGGUGUGCCUUCGAUAACAACUUCUCGCUCACUAUCAACCAUACAACGUUCCACUAUGAUCCGUUGAAGAUGAAGACCCCUACAUCCAUGCACUACGACCAUUUCACGGACUGGGUCGGCAAGCCGCAAGACAAGCCGGUGCAAUUCCUCUGCGUGCACUUCCAAGUCUUGAUGGCGGCGCGGAGCGGGCCUGCGUCCGUACUCCUCGUGCUGACCGCGUUGGCAGUUGUACUCGCUAUAGUGUUCCUCCUUUUCGCGGAUGUGAUCCUGAUCGGCAUUUUCAAGCGCUUUCCAGGCCACUCAGCCGAUGGGGCCCUAUCUGUCCUCCAUUCCACGUCAGCAGCAGCCACGUCAGCAGCCAACGCGUCAAUAAUCUCAGAUCUGCUGCAGCAGGAGGAGGCGCGUCAGCAGCAGCUACGUCAGCAGCAGUUGCGUCAGCAGCAGGAAAGAAACGAGAAGCUUCCUAUGCUAACCCUCCUCCUGCUUAAAGCCAAAGAUCCAACGGUGCAGACUCCUGGGAACGUUGCUGCUGCUGAUCCUGCUGCUAAUGCUCCUCCUGAUAGCCCUGCUGCUCCCACUGACCCCGCUAGCCCUGAUGCUUCUUACCCUGCUUCUGCGGCUCCUGCUGUGGCGACUCCUCCUGCUGUGGCUGCCACUGCCUCUGCUGUUCCGGCUGCUGCAGAUGCUGACAUCGUUCCCAUGACGGCACAAGGGGCGGCUUAUAAUGCUGCUGUGGUUGCUGCUGGUAGCAGCACUGGUGCAACUACCCUCCCUACCCUCCCUACCUCCACUAGCGACACUAGCGCCAGCAGCGCCACUAGCGCCAUUAGCAGCACUAGUGGCACAGCUCAAGCCAACGCCCAAUCGGGCGGCGCCAGCCGUGCAGGCCUGAUCCCAGUGGUGCAGUUUCUGCGGGGGGAGGCAGGCUGCAACCGGGGGAGGUACAUGCAGGCCUCGCUCCGCCAGGCACGGUUGCACAACACGUGGGUCAUUCUCAUUGGUCCUCGCGCGUGCCGGGAAGAAAUGACCGAACUAGGCGUCGAGCUAGAAGCAUACGAAGACUACGAGGAGUCCGCGCAUAUAGAGGAGCAGCUUGUAGAGGGGAUAGGGCAGGUCAAGGCGUAUCAUAUCCGCUGGUUCUUCCUACACGAAAUGAUGGUCAGAAGAAACAUCUCCCGGGUGUUUUACACCGACUGUGACGUGCUUCUAUUCGUUAAUGUCACGCAGUUCGUACAGUCACACCUGCCGGAGGCAAAGCUUGCUCUCUGCAUGCGGUCCAAAAGUGUGCGCAUGAAUGCAACCAGUGGCCACGUGUCUCUCUGGUCAGCGGAAGCUCUGGCGGAUUUCCUCGCAUUCUUCGUGCUCUUCUUCCAGCUGGCGGUGAAGGGAGGGACCCCAGGAGACCCCUCCCUGCCAGAUCGGCAGCGCGCAUACAACGACAUGAUACUACUGGGUUGGUAUGCCAGCCCUACCUGCUGGACUUCCUCUCCAGGCCAAGCGCCCGCAACGUGCAAGGACAAGGAGGGAUCCACCCAGUACCCACGCCUGCACGGCAGGUUCAGGCCGGCCUUCAAGGCGGAGUCGCUGUGUGCGCCCAGGCAGUGCGAGGCGAGUGCUUGGAGCGAUGCCGGGUGGUGUGCCUUCGAUAACAACUUCUCCGUUGGCAAGAAGAAAAGAGCAAUAUCUGUCUACAGGGUGAUCUCAGCUGCAGCACACCCAACAGGCCCGGACAGGGAGGCGGGAGCAGGAGCGGCCAGCAGUAGCACCCAGGCUCCGUGGAGGUGGGUGAGAGAGAGUGGUGCGGAUGGUGGUAGCGAUGGUGCGGGCGAGAGCGGGGAGGGCAGGGACGGGUGUGUAUGUGACUUUAGUGGCCUUCAGUUUCUAUCACAGUCUCUGCUCUGCCUACAAGCUGACCUCUGCUGCAGGCUGCAGCGCACCUUCUGA